UCAUUCUGCUCAUCACCAAAGAAUUUCGCCACGUCCUAGACCCGUCUCAUCAGCGCCUCACGCUCGUGAAGAUUUGCGGCGCCAAAUUGAACGAAAUCGUCUUUCAAGACAUAGUGCGGAGGAAAUUGAAACUCUUCGUAAACGCUUGGCUGAACUUGAGACACGACAGAAGUCGCAGGAAGACUCUCCCCGACAUGUCACGACGUCGGGAAAUGUCAUUAUCGAGGCGGAUUCCCCUUUAGCUCCAGAACUUACCGCAGAGGCACUUCCAGCUAAGUUACGCGCAGCCUUCCGAUCGCACUUUAUUGGUGCUCAAAUUUGUCUCAUUCCGAAAGAAUCAAUUACCAACAUUGUGCAAAAGGAUGACGAGACUGUUAAAGACUACGUGUCUCGGUUCAACGACCGAAUUCAGAACAUGGAGCCUUGUCACCCUGAAACCUUGUUAGUAACUGCCAUUGCUGGACUGAAGCCCAACUCAAUGUUUCGUUGGACCUUGUGUCAAAAUAAACCUGCCACGUUUCAAGAAUUUCUUGUGCGAGCUCAACAAUUCAUUAUUGCCGAAGAAUCAAUGUCGGUUCUCAGUUUCGACUUCUCGGUGAAAGAAAGCAAGACUGAACCGGACGCCAAAAAGAAGCAUAAGAAGAAUUUUGGGAAAGCACAGUUUCGGAACUCCUCCAAAGGAUAUGAAAAUACUCCAGAGUCUCGGGCUGCUCGUGAUCAGUAUUCAGACAACGUCAAGACAGGCUAUCAUGUCGUUUAUUCCGCCGGAGCAGCCACUAUAUAUGAAGAACUAAAAGGAAAAGGGAUUAUUCCAGACCCGAGGCCUGUGAGAACCCCUGAAGACAAGCUGGACAAAACUCGAUACUGCGCGUAUCAUAAAUCUCCGGGGCAUAAUACCGAUGAGUGUCUCGGCCUUUUAUCAGCACUCUUACGGUUAAUUGGACAACCUCAGCUUCAAAAGUUUCGAAACUUUGAUAAUCGCCGGAAAGGAAGGCCCUUGGAUCUUUCGGAUGAUGAAGAGGAUGAUAACCGACCUGUUAACCAGAAAAGAGCUCGCGCAAACGAUAAGGAGGUUUUCGCGUUUUCUACUCAUGUCGGAACCCCGACUGAUAACUGCAGGAAGUCCAGGAUACAUGACACCUUAGACUCUUCACACUGCAUACCUCGAGUCAAUUCCAAUAACAAGCAGUUAGAUACUUCUCGACGAAAAGUCAAAGCCUAUGCCCGGGAGGCACAGAAUGCCGAGAAACGAGUCAUGAACGUUGAUCUUCGAGAUACCAUCAACAAACGGAAUUGUCCUAUCACAUUCAGUAUCGAAGAUGCCAAUUUAUUUGCUCAUCCUCAUUCCGAUGCUCUUAUUAUAACGGCUCCGAUAGGGGGGAUUCCUGUUCAUCGGAUUUUGGUCGACACAAGAGCUUACUCAAGUAUUUUGAUGCUUCGCAC